GAGGAGGGAGCAGCCCGAGGAGGGGGAGCGGGGAGGAGGGCCAGCCUUCACCACACCACCUCCCCCAUGAGGGGACAGCGCAACGGGUCCUGCUCGCACUCCGCCACCUCCGACUACGAGCUCUCGCUCGACCUCAAGAACAAGCAGAUCGAAAUGUUAGAGCAGAAGUACGGCGGCCAUCUCACCUCCCGCCGUGCCGCCUGCAAGAUCCAGACGGCCUUCCGUCAGUACCAGCUCAGCAAGAACUUCGAGAAGAUCCGCAACUCCCUGCUGGAGAGCCGUCUCCCACGGCGAAUCUCGCUGCGUAAGGUCCGCGUGCAGAACGCCGAGGGCUUCUCGGCGGAGCGGGCGCUGGCGGAAGGCUGCAACAUGGCGGGCAUCCCCCUCAUCCGCUCCCCCUCGCUGCCCGCCACGGUGGGCGGCAGCCUGACCGACCUGGAGGACUCCUUCACCGAGCAGGUGCAGUCGCUGGCUAAGUCCAUCGACGACGCCCUUAGCAACUGGAGCCUGAAGACCAUGUGUUCGCUCCAGGAAGGCGGCGCCUAUCAGUUCAGUGCCGAGUCCUUCAGUUCGGCCGCGGUGGGGGGAGGGGAGGCGGGGGAGGCGUCGGUCCUGCAGGGCGUCGCUGGCGACCCGAGCGACUUGUCGCGGAGCGCCAGCAAGCUUCUGAUGGCGUUCCGCGACGUGACGGUGCAGAUCGACAGCCAGAACUUCCGCGUGUCCUCCUCCGUCGUCGAGUCGUCCGCCUCGGUUUCCCUGGGAAACUGCGUCCAGCAGGGCGUCGGGGUCAACACAGUCACUUCCCCCAGCACCGCCCCCGACAGCUCCACCCUCAACUCCACCUCCGUCCCACCCCCUAACGACCCCCCCCCACCCCCGGUAGCAGCCCCUCCUGAACCCAUGGACCCUCCUCCCGCCCCCCAGGACCCACCCCCUCCCCCGCCAGAACCAGAAAUGGAAGUCGAUGGGCAAGACGCCGACUUCCCUGCCCCCCCUCCCAGCGAGGAGGAGCUGGUAGAAGACGACCUCCAGCCUCCCCUAACCCCCCUGGACAAGCUCGCCGCUCCCCAGUGCGGCCCGGAGGUGGUGGUGGUACUGACGGAGCCCGGGGGACUCCCUCUGCCUCCUCAACCCAGCGAGGGAGCUCCGUCCCUGGGUUCCCCGUCGGCGGUGCCCCUGGAGGCCAAGCGUAGCGGCUCGGACACGGCCGACAACAGCUCGGAGCAGAUGAGCAGCAGCAGUGCGUCCACGGAGGCUCGCUCGGCAUCAGAGGCCUCGUCCAAGGAGACGCUGCAGGCCAUGAUCCUCAGCCUGCCUCGCUACCACUGCGAGAACCCGGCCAGCUGCAAGUCCCCCACCCUCUCCACCGACGUCAUGAGGAAGCGCCUCUACCGCAUCGGCCUCAACCUCUUCAACGUGAACCCUGACAAGGGCCUCCAGUUCCUCAUCUCGCGGGGGUUCAUCCCGGACACGCCCAUAGGUGUGGCCCACUUCCUGCUCCAGAGGAAAGGACUGAGCCGGCAGAUGAUCGGAGAGUUCCUCGGGAACAGCAAGAAACCCUUCAACAGAGACGUGCUAGACUGUGUGGUGGAUGAGAUGGACUUCUCUGGGAUGGAGCUAGACGAGGCCCUGAGGAAGUUCCAGGCUCACAUCCGAUGUCCAGGGAGAGGCCCAGAAGGUGGAGAGCUCAUCGAAGCCUUCAGCCAGCGCUACUGCAUGUGUAACCCAGACGUUGUGCAGCAGUUCCACAACCCAGACACCAUCUUCAUCCUGGCCUUCGCCAUCAUCCUCCUCAACACCGACAUGUACAGCCCCAACAUCAAGCCCGACCGCAAGAUGAUGCUCGAGGACUUCAUCCGCAAACCUUCGAGGGUGGAUGAUGGUGCUGACAUCCCUAGGGACGUGGUGGUGGGCAUCUACGACCGGAUCCAGCAGAGAGAGCUACGCUCCAACGAGGACCAUGUCACCUACGUCACCAAGGUGGAGCAGUCCAUCGUGGGCAUGAAGACGGUUCUGUCUGUCCCACACAGAAGGCUAGUCUGUUGCAGUCGUCUGUUCGAGGUGACAGACGUCAACAAGGCCCAGAAACAAGCAGCCCACCAGAGAGAGGUCUUUCUCUUCAACGACCUCAUCGUGAUCCUGAAGUUGUGUCCUAAGAAGAAGAGCACUGCGGCCUACACCUUCUGCAAAGCCAUGGGGCUCCUGGGGAUGCACUUCCACCUGUUUGAGAACGAGUACUACCCCCACGGCAUCACCAUCCUGUCCCCGUUUGGCUGUGACAAGAAGCAGGUGCUUAACUUCUGUGCCCAGAGCGCCGAGGAACUGCUCAAGUUCCUGGAAGACCUGAAGGAAUCCAUCGCUGAGGUGUCUGAGAUGGAGCAGAUACGCAUCGAAUCCCCCCGCUCCCCACCCUCCUCCAGCCCAACUAAAUGUCACCGCCCGGCCCCCCGCCGGCCGGCCGGCCGGCCCCCCCACCGGCCCCCCCCCGCUGGCCCCCCCGGUUGGGAGGAUGAUCAGUCCCUACGCAUCACUGCCCCGCCUCCUGGAGAUGAGAUCACAGGCUUCAGAGACCCCUGUCUGCACACCACCCACCACGCCCAGUGUUCCACGUUCCACCUCCACGUUCCACCUCCCCGCCAGAGCUGCACCCUGGUGUCAAUUCACAACAGGCAUCAGACGUACCAGCUCAGCAGCAGCAUGCCGUGGAGCCCAGGGAGCGCGGGCCCUCCUAACCACCAGGGGGAGCUGUCCCACCGCCCCCAGCUUCAGCCCGCCGCCCCCACUGUGGCCGACCUGCUGCCAGAGACUCUCAUCCAGUGCCAGCAGAUCGUCAAGGUCAUCGUCCUGGACAACAGCGGCCAUGGCCGCGUGGAGGCUUUCCUAAGCCACACCCCCACCCACCACCAGCACCUCCACCACCAACACCUCCUGCAGGCCGUCGUGUCCACGCCCGCGAGCUCGUCUGAAGCGGGCGGGGCGCAGAACAAGGAGGGCCCCCAGCCCCCCCUGCCCCCUCCGCCACCCCCCUACAACCACCCCCACCAGUACAUCCCCCCCGACCCCCGUCUCAGCCUUCAGAGAACCCACAGUGAUUCAAGAAGCAUGGUGUAA